UGCAACGAUCAACAUUAGCAUGGCGUCGACCAAUAACUGUGCUUGAAAUACAGUCUUGGCACUUCGUAGCGAAGGGAACUCCUUUAUUUGCGCCAGGCUACAGUUUACCUUACAUUUGGAGACUGAGGUGUUGUUCAGUAUGGCAGGGCUUGUGAAGGCUAAGAAGUAUGAUUGGAAGGACUCAAACUUGGCUUUGUUCGGCUCAGACGUCGAGAAAAAUGUCAAGAAAAGUUCAGCAAUGGAGGAAAAAGCGUGGAAGGGCUGUGGUCAAAGAGUUGAGUUAAAGAUCUGGAGAAUUGUCAAAUUUAAGGUGGUAGAUUGGCCCAAGGAGGACUAUGGGAGAUUUUAUGAUGGAGACUCGUACAUCAUUCUUAAUACGUACAAAAAGGAUCCUAAUAGUGAGGAGCUUGACCAUGACGUUCACUUUUAUAUUGGCAAGUACUCCAGCCAGGAUGAGUAUGGAACAGCUGCAUAUAAAACAGUUGAACUGGACACUUAUUUGGAUGAUAAACCUAUCCAGCAUCGUGAAGUAAUGGAUCAUGAGUCUCCACUCUUCAAGAGCUACUUCAAAACCAUUUCUAAAAUGAAAGGAGGGGCUGAAUCAGGAUUCCGUCAUGUGGAACCCAAGAAAUAUGUCCCCCGCCUUGUUCAUGUGUCUGGUAAUAAGAAAGUGACGAUCAAAGAGGUGAAGUUUAAGAAAGAUUACUUGAAUGAUGAUGAUGUGUUCCUUGUUGACCUUGGACUGAAGAUAUUUCAGUGGAAUGGUGAUAAUAGCAGCAUGAAUGAAAGGUUUGCAGCAGGAAAAUGUGUAACGCAAUUAAAAUCUGAACGAGGUGGUAAACCAACUGUGGAAGUUCUUGAUAAUUGUAAGGUUGCUGAAAUACCUGAGGAGUUGUUGGAAGUCUUUCCCGAGGAAGGACAGCCUGGAACCAAGAGGUCUAAAUUUUUUACGAAAAAAGAUGAGACUGAUAGUGAUCCUGGGUACGAGAAGGUGUUGUUUAGGUUGUCAGAGGAAGGCGGUGAGAUGAAUGUUUAUCUUGGAUUCUGGAAAACACUGCUAUGUGUGGGUUGGGAGCGGCGCAAGCUCAAAUGAAAAGAAGAAUGGUUUGUCUUAUGCCCACAAUUACCUAACCAAAUCCGCAAACCCUCUUCAACCAAUCACUGUAAUUGGAGAGGGACAGGAAACAAAGGAAUUCCACGCAGCAUUUAACUAAGGGUGACACCAUGUCAAACGAAGGCGGUCUGAUCAAGAAGUAUUAAAAACAUAAAUUUGUAGUGUGUCUGGCUAAGUUUUUGGUGAAUAUGGACAGAAUUUCGUGUGAUUUUUACUACAUUAUGCAAAAAUUCGUCUGUGUUCGCAGGCAGCUUCUGGAAGUAGGUUUCUUUGUAAUUUUGUUGCUUGUUAAUCGGAAAAUGAAACAUUACUUGUUAAUCUUGAACUUCGUUAAGGUUAAACAAGGAUUCACCGCUCUAUAUUGUUCAAGGCAUAACUGAUCACAGAUAUGAAAAUAAACCAAGGAAUUUACCGUG